AUGGAAUUGGUCCAGCAGGGAUCCUUUGCCUAUUCGAAGCUGAAUGAGAAAUAUGCUCAGUCUGGGACAGCAUUCUGGACCAAGCUGUGCCCUUUGUCUGUUCAAGAGCACAAGAUGAUGCUUUCUUGUGGACACUUUGGCAAAGUAGUCACAUGGAGGAGCUUUUGUCCCUUGCAGGGAGGAGCUUUUGGACAGCUGCUCCAAAUGAGGAGGGGGAGGGUGUUUGUGGAUGGAACUGCCUGCUUUGUGUUUGUGAUGCCCAUUGUUGAUGUGUUUCUGUUGAUAUUUGUGGAUUUGUGGUUUCAAUGUCCUCAAACAAUGCCUCAACAAUAUCUCCACCAUUCGUACACCUGCUGUUCAAGAUUGCUGUGUUAG